CUUCAGACUUCAGAAUACACUUUCUACAGUGAUUGUUAUGGGUGAGAAGGACUGCAAAAAAGACAUUCGAAGCGGAUGAAGUUGCCUCUCUGAUCAGAUUCCCGUGUCUGGUUGAGGUUAGCUAGUGGUGUGUGGUCCCCACUCAAAUAUGGCUGACCUCUGCAUCAUUGACGCCGAUCCAUCGGAACCUCCCUCUCAUGACGCUGUGAUCACCCUUGCAAAUCACCUUCUGUCUGAGUUCAACAUCCCAACAAAGAUUCUGAAGCUAGAGGAUAUCAGCGCAGCCCUCUUCGUAGUAUUGUAUGAAAGUCUGUUUAGUGACAAAUUACCUGGUAUAAUACGUCAGCCUUUGUCCAGGGAAGAUGAAAUUCACAACUGUCAGAUCGUGAUUGAUGUCUUGUCGACCGACGUCGUGCGAGACAGCCUCAGCCACAUCCGUGCAGUGGACAUUGUCGCUGGAGACAUCACAGCCAUAUCCAAUUUGUUGGACAUCUUUUCCUAUUUGCUGGAGUAUGUCAUCAACAGGAUUGAGAGUGACGGCCCCACAGACAAUGAUGAAACAAGGUCUUUAGUCUUAUCAGAAUCUGAUUUGGGGGACUUCAAAGUUAAGUCUCCCCUUGGAGAUAUCGGCAAGCAGAUGAAAAAGAAGGAGGCCACCAAAUCAGAAAAACCCAAAGUUGGAUCAGCUUUGUCAAACAAAACCAACAACAAUGGAGGGAGGACGCUGUCUCAGAGACAACCAUCAAAAACAGUUCCGAGUGGAAAGAAGACCACCGCAAGUCUAAACACAAAUGAAAACAAGAAAGUGAUCCGUCAUGAGGAUCUGUAUGCCAUGACCUAUGGCAGUGGCACUAGAAGCUUCUCACAGCGUGCACCAUCUCCUAUCAAACCGGACGACUCACAGUCACUGUUAGGCCAGAGAACCAUUGACUCAGAUUUUGACAUCGACAACUGGGACAAAAAACAGCAGCCAGAGUCUCUGAGGGUGCCAUCUCCCAAGAUGGCAUGGGAAGAGAAGGAGAAGAGUGACCAGGAGUCAAAGGUCAAACAAAGCGAGCGGGAGGAAAGAGCCGGCGCUGCUGCCAGUGCCGCUGCAGCUACAUUGACUACUGCAGCCUCUGUCGCUGAACAGAAAGCCACCAAUGUUGAAAGUUCAAAACCAGACAGGGCUGGAGGUGACAUUUACUCUACAGCAGUCAAGGAAACUCUCCAGAACGUGUCGUCCUUCUCCUCAUCACUCCCUGCCCCCAGAAAAGAGCCUCAGUAUGAGAAAUCAGAUCCCCUGCGCUCCACAGUUGGUCCUAUCUCAUAUCAUUCAAGGCUCACUCCAGAAAAACCUAUGUCGGAGAGAAAAGAACUGUCAGCAAAAGGCUUUUCCUCUUCACUGGAUGAUCUCCGCCACCUAGUAGAGAAGACAGCUGCUUUGACAAGGGUUGCCUUGGAGACGAGCCCAGUGCGAGUGAGGACAGAGCGAGAUCUGGAUGUCACAGACCCGUAUCUUGACCGGCCCCGACCCACAAUACCCAAUGAAGGCGUGCGACUUGCUAAAGAGUUAAAUGCCCUGGGCUUGGGCUCGGCACACACUGGGGGUCAGUCGCCUAAGAGAGGAGGGAAAAAAGUGGCUUUCGCAGCUUCAAAUGUUGGCUCUGAAUAUGAUAGCAGAUUUGAUGAAGACCCCCUGAGACGCCCACUGACUGCGUUGCCAGGCAACCGUUACGGCAGUGAGCUGCGUUCUGCAUACCGCAGAGAUUUUGACUACGAUAGUGAUCGUGAUUCAGAUUUUCUCUACGAUGAGUCAGAUUUCAGGAGAAGGAUUAACAACAAGGAUGUAGCAUACGGCGAUAUACCUGCAGAUGCCUUAAAACCAGAACGCAAGCUCAAGUCAGGUCCGUCCAGGUGUGACAAGACUCCAUCGCUGGUGACUCACCUGGCCAGGAACAGGCAGCCAGAGCUGGGUGCCGCCCACAUGACGCUGAAAACAGAGGACCGAGCCAUGCAGAGGAAGCAGGAUAUUUUGCGAAAGAUGUACGAUGAAGACUUGGAUGAGUUCUCGGAGGAGGUGAAAUACAUGUUGGACAAGGAGACAAAGAAGUCACGUGAAACAGAAGAGCAGUUCAAAAAGAAAUGUGCACCCGGCCAUCCAAAAAAGAAAGCCCCCAAAAAAGCUAAAGGUACUCUCGUCCCUCCUUCCUGCAAGAAGCCUCGCAUCAGCCGAGGGGUUGUGAGUUCAAAGGUCAAGAAGCGGUCUUAUGACCAACACCCUGUUCCAGCGUCAGCCCCGUUGAAGCUGGAGAGUGAGGAGGACCUGCUGCCGGUGCUGUUGGAGGAGUUCCCUCACCUCCACUUGUCGGAGCACACCUGGCACGAGCUGUGGAGGCACGGCCUGCACCGCAUCGAAGCGCUCACACGUGCCUACAACGCCAGCCAGCGGAAGAAAAGCCAGGCUCAGAACCAGCUGGAGGAUGCGGCACAAAGACACGAGCUACUGGGCAACAUCAUGAAGAAACAGCUGGACCACACCAAGCGACUUAGAGAAAUCAAAGAGCAGAAACAGCUGCAAGUUCAGCUACGGAAUAAAUCACAUGAGAAGAGGAUGCAGUCGGCGAGGGCUCGCAAGUAUUACAAUGAAUACCAGGUUCGAGCCCGAGGGAAGCAGUUGAAGAGGAGAACUAAGGAGGAAAUGGUAUUCCGAGAACUUUUCAAAGAAGCUCUUGACAUUCAGAAAGAGCGUAUCAAGGACAUCCGCCAGUAUGCAUCGGAUCAGCGCAAACGACAAGAGUCUCGAAGGCAGAAUGAAAUUGACUCCAUGGAGAAUUUUUACCGUGACCAGUUUGAGAUGCUCACAGAGAGAUUGACGCAGGAGUGCCGUGACACAGAGGUCAGGGAGACGGCCCAACAAAAGGUUCUGGAGCGGAUGAAGCGAGAGCUGCGGCAGAAGAUGGAGGCGGAGAUCAAGCAGUACCAGGACCAGCUGUUCCACGAUGAGGACGACGCCCACUGGCGGCAGGUGGACGCUGACCGCAUCAAGCAGCAGCUGCACAUGGCACGCUACUCGGCCAAGAUCUGAGGGAUUUACACAGGCGUGCGAUGUCCAGGCUUGUUGGUAUCCCUGCGUGCUGCUAGUUAUUACUGUCGAUAUGUGAGGCAUCGUGGUGAAAUCAGGCGCUCGUCAAAAUUAUGAAAUCGAAGAAACAGACAUUUUCUUCCAGUUUGGCAGUUUUCGUCAAAUUUUUAAUUUUUGGCUCAACGUCUUUUUAUGUCCAUAUUAAAAGACAUUUCCAUAUGAAAUUUACUGAAAAACCUUGAUUAAUGGCAAAAAGUAUGUAAAUUUUCAGUUUUCAAGGACUCUCAAGCAAUAGAAGUUACCAAACUUUGGAGGCCACUUUCUCGCAAAUUUUACCUCAGAAAACAGGCUACCCCCACCUCUUUCAAUCGCAAAUAUCUCAACUUCUGUUCCAGAUAUAUAGGUAUUUUUUACACCGAAAGAAAGACAAACAGCAAACAAGCUUUAAGCUUGUACCAAUAACCCCAUAUGACCAAAAAUUGUGACGAGCGCCUGAUUCCACCCCAUCGUGACAGGUAUUGUAGUCUACUGUAUACAUCAAGAAAGCACAGAGUAUCUUCAUGAGGGAUUUGCGAUGUCCAGACUUGUUAGUAGCCCAGCGUGCUGCUGGUUAUUUUUUGUCGAUAUUGUAGUCUACUGUAUACAUGCAAAAAAUCGAGAAGUAUGAGGAUACUCUGCCCACUGUGGUGGUGUCAUAGCCAAUGAGGUUUAUACAGAGCUACGGUUAUCGCUAGUUGAAAUCUUCUCUUGAUUGAUGGAUAAAGCAUCAAGGUCGCCUUCUGCCGAUGCAAGGGUCUACAUGCUCCUCUGCCAACUUGUGGAAACGUCCUAGACACACACACCUUCACACAUUUGCACUCUGUCACAGACAGGCAUGUAUUCUUUCACGUACACACACACACAUAAUUCAUAUAAACUGGCCGUUCUCAAUGCCUAUGUCUCAAUCUGUUGUACUUAAACUCUUUCCUUACCUUGAGCUAGAACAUCAGCUCGGUGUGUUGAGCAUGGCUUGCUUCACGCGGUAGAACGCGCUCUAUAAGAAUUCAAUUGCAGAGGUUAUCUCAAGGCCAACAUGGCUUCCAUCCACAGGGGCACACUGCUCCUCCAAAAUUGGAGACACGAUGGUCUCACUUUCAGACUCUCCGUCCAGUUGUUAAACUGUUGCCACUUUAUUUUCCCUUGCUAUGUCUAUUAAUAAUUAAUAGUACAUCUAAGAAUUUUUGGGAUACUCUUUGUCGAUCCAAAGGGGCCGCAGUUUUUUCGUGUUUACAAGUAAGUCUACGCUCUGCUUUGCUCCAGUGUCUGAGAUCCAAUUGUGAGGCACUUCCCUGUUGCUCUUAGAAAAUGUGAGUUUGAUUCUAAGAAGGGAAGUGUUUUAUUGAGUAUCUCUGCCUAUGUGCUGGUAUGUUGUAUCGCACUCUGCCUGGGUUGGCCCUAACAAGCAGAGUCAAAGUUGGUGGCCUCUUAAAUGAUAUAAAUUGUGUCUUUGGGGUGUGAAAUAUUGACAAUUACUUACAAUCGCUCCAUCAUAGAACAACUUGAUAAGAAUUCCUAAGAAUACUUCAAUCUACUACAACACAGAUGGGGGAUUUCUGAUGAACAUAAAUAAACCCAAUGGCUGCUGAAUUGUUAUGUGACUGGAGCACCCUAAGGAGGUGGGGAAAUUUCUUUUGUCUGUGAUAAUUAUAUGUUGAAGCUUGAUCGUCCAUGGGAGUCAGUGAAAGAGACCAAUGCAGAGCUUUUGCUUAUUUUAAUAUGGUCAGAUGAAAGUUCAAGCAUGUUUUCUUGUGGUAUUAGUUCACUACUUCCCUUGCGAGUUGCUCAGUGGUAAUGAGUUAUGUGUGCUUAGGAAAACCAAGCAUUUUUGGCUUCUUUUUUAAAAACUUUGAAAUGAUUCUGCCGUAUCCCUGCACACUACAUGAAAAAAAA